AUGGUAACGAAGACACCUAGCACUCAAGUGAGCAAUGCCAAAUAUCGAAAAACCUCAUUUGUCGUAUCAAAGACUGCUCAAAAAAUCUACGCUGUCUGUAAUAAGCACAAUUACGUCGUUUACUCCUGUCCCGUGUUUGCCAGUAUUAGCCCGAAUGAACGCUGGAAAAAGGCAAAAAACGUUAAAUUGUGUAUUAACUGCCUUAAACCAGGCCAUCAGGUGCAGCAGUACAAAUCAUCUGCAUGUCGCCGUUGCUCGUUGAUGCACCACACUCUAUUGCAUUUUAAUCAGACGGAUCAGACGAAUCUCAGACCACCUGACGGAUUACCUAGUCGACUCGCUAGUCAAUUACAGCUUAAAAAAUCUAAGUCAUUAGUGACAGUUUCGGGCAUUGGAGACUCAGAACUCGUUAUCAACUCCAGCGUGAACAUCUUCAUUCAGACAUUACAUAGCAACUUCACUGCGACUAUAGAUGCAGCAGUAACUCCAACAAUCAUCGAUUGCCAACCAAAUUAUUCACUUGACAUCACUCAUUGGGAUAUUCCAGCGAACAUAACUCUGGCAGAUCCCGAAUUUCACAAGCCGCAACGUGUGGACCUCCUGAUCGGCGCAAGCAUGUUCUUUGACCCGCUAUGUAUUGGUCAAUUUCAUUUAAGAAAAAAUAAUCAUAUUUUGCAAAAAACUCGUUUUGGCUGGGUUGUGUCUGGCGGUCGUGGUAUCUCGUCAAGGUUAUCAUCCUACACAACUACAGCAACAAAUUCAUUUGAGUCUGAUGCGCUUCAUCAAACUACCAACGAUAUGGCUACAAAGGAGGAAAUCGAUUGCGAGGCUCAUUUCAAGGCGCAUUACAGUCGUAUGGCGACAGGUGAAUAUUGGGUUCGCCUUCCUUUAAAACCUAGCGUACAUCUACUUGGAGAUUCGUACCAACAGACUUUGCGACGGUUUUUGGCUCUUGAAAGGCGUCUUCAGCGCAAUCACGAAGUGAAAGCACAAUAUUCAUUAUUCAUGAAGGAGUAUAUUGAGCUCAAUCAUAUGUCUCCUAUCUUAAAACUACCAACAACAGUACCUGUUUACUUCAUGCCUCAUCAUUGCGUAUUCAAGAAUGACAGUACAACAACCAAACUCAGAGUUGUGUUCGAUGGCUCGGCGCUGACGACAACUGGGUAUUCAUUGAAUGAGGUACUGAUGACGGGUCCAACGAUACAGGCAAAGCUAGUAGAUACUCUCAUUCGUUUUCGAUCACAUUCGGUCGCACUGAGCGGUGACAUUUGUAAGAUGUAUCGGUGCAUUAAAGUCGCAGCCCCCGAUAACUACUUGCAAUGCAUACUUUGGAGGGAUGACCCUCAAGAUGACAUCCAAAUGUUCAAACUCGAUACAGUGACUUACGGCACAAAGUCCGCACCCUAUUUAGCAGUUCGCACCAUGAAUCAGCUUGCGACUGAUGAAGCAGCUACAUAUCCCUUUGGCGCUCAGAUCAAUUUGCGCGAUUUCUACGUCGAUGACUUAAUCACCGGCGGCGAUACCAUUAAUGACGUAACUCAUAUAAUGCAACAAACAUCUGAGCUACUAGGUAAAGGUAAUUUUAAAAUUAGGAAAUGGUGCUCGAAUGCACCAAAAGUGCUCAGCAACGUACCAGACGCAGAUAGAGCGAAACUCAUCAAGUUUGAUGAUGGUAGUUACAUCACAAAGACGCUUGGACUCCAAUGGGACCCUGAUUCCGAUCUGUUUCUAUUUUCGUUUGUUGCACGCCAGGCAAAUAAGAAAAUAACUAAACGCUCAGUUUUGUCAACAAUUGCUCAAUUUUAUGACCCACUAGGAUUGAUUGGACCCAUCGUAUGCAAAGCAAAAAUGUUUCUUCAACGCUUAUGGAUGGAAGGGCUCGACUGGGACGAAAGUCUACCAAUAUCGCAUCAAACAGCUUGGCUUCAGCUGUAUGGGGAAUUCGGUACCCUAAAACAAUUGAAAUUUCCUCGAUACGUAGCCAGCCCAAAUGCUAGUCUGGAGUUACAUGCAUUCUGCGACGCUAGCCUCUCAGCGUACAGCGCUUGUGUCUAUAUUGUUGCCCGCCUACAGAGAAAUGUUCGCACUACAUUACUCUGCUCAAAGUCCAGGGUUGCACCCCUGAAAUCAAUUACAGUUCCCAAGCUGGAGUUAUGUGCAGCUACGCUUUUGGCGCAAGUAGUCCAUGCCAUCGACAAGUUACGCGUUUUAAAUUGUUCGUUUUUCUGUUGGUCGGACUCCACAACGGUUAUAUCAUGGCUAAAGGAGGAACCGUCUAGUUUUAAUGUUUUUGUCGCCAAUCGCAUUACAACCAUACAACAGUCCACAAAAGAUAAGGAAUGA